AUGUCUGCCGAACAGAACCCCUCGCCUGCCGAAUUGGCCCAGCGUGAGCUCGAGGAGAAGGAACGCAAGGCUCGUGAGGUCGCUGAGCAGGCUCAGCUUCCUUACAAAUGGACGCAGACCAUCCGCGAUGUGGACGUGUCCGCCCCGAUCCCCGCCAACAUCAAGGGUCGCGACAUGGAGGUCGUCCUGACCAAGACGAAACUCAAGGUGGCCAUCAAGGGCCAAGAGCCGAUCAUCGAGGUGUGUUUGGAAGUGACUGGCUGGCGACUUCCCCACCCUAUCCGCGUCGACGAGUCCUCCUGGACCCUCGAGACCACGCCCACCCCGCCCGGUAAAGAGGUGAAUAUUCACCUGGACAAGGUCAACAAGGUCGAGUGGUGGCCGCAUGUCGUGACGACCGCGCCCAAGAUCGAUGUCACCAAGAUCCAGCCCGAGAAUUCCAGCCUGAGCGACUUGGACGGCGAGACCCGCGCAAUGGUUGAGAAGAUGAUGUAUGACCAGCGACAGAAGGAGACGGGUGGCAUGACGAGUGACGAGCAGCGCAAGGCGGAUCUACUGAAGAAGUUCCAGGCCGAUCAUCCGGAAAUGGAUUUCUCGAACGCGCAAAUUGGUUAA